CUGGCUCGACCGCGGGAAGGGCCUGGUGCCCGCAGCCCCCCAUGCCGGGAGAGGGAUGCGGUGCUCCCUGAAAGCCCGGUAGCCUCGGAUCGCGGCGCUGCAUACGCGACGAUGGAUGAGCCGUGGUGGGAAGGGCGCGUCGCCUCGGACGUCCACUGCACCCUGCGCGAGAAGGAAUUGAAGCUGCCCGCCUUCCGAGCCCACUCCCCGCUCCUGAAGAGCCGCCGGUUCUUUGUGGACAUCUUGACCCUGCUGAGCAGCCACUGCCAGCUCUGCCCUGCGGCCCGACACCUGGCUGUCUACCUGCUGGACCACUUCUUGGAUCGCUAUAACAUCAUCACCUCCAAGCAGCUGUACGCCGUGGCGGUCUCCUGCCUCCUGCUCGCAAGUAAGUUUGAGGAUAGGGAAGACCGUGUACCCAAGCUGGAGCAGAUAAACAGUACGAGGAUCCUGAGCAGCCAGAACUUCGCCCUCACCAAGAAGGAGCUGCUGAGCACAGAGCUGCUGCUGCUGGAGGCCUUCAGCUGGAACCUCUGCCUGCCCACGCCCGCCCACUUCCUGGACUACUACCUCUUGGCCUCCGUCAGCCAGAAGGACCACCACUGCCACAGCUGGCCCACCACCUGCCCCCGCAAGACCAAAGAGUGCCUCAAGGAGUAUGCCCACUACUUCCUAGAGGUCACCUUGCAAGAUCAUAUUUUUUACAAAUUCCAGCCUUCUGUGGUUGCUGCAGCCUGCGUUGGGGCCUCUAGGAUUUGCCUUCAACUUUCUCCCUACUGGACCAGAGACCUGCAGAGGAUCUCGAACUACUCCCUGGAACAUCUCAGCACAUGCAUCGAAAUCCUGCUGGUAGCCUAUGACAAUGUCCUCAAGGACGCCGUCGCAGUCAAGAGCCAGGCCUUGGCGAUGGUGCCCGGCACGUCCUCAGCCCCCACCCAAGUGCUGUUCCAGCCACCUGCCUACCCGACCCUCAGCCAGCCGACCCCGAUGGCCCUGGCGCCGUUCCAGACCCCUGUGCAGGACCUGUGUCUGGCCUAUCGGGACUCGCUGCAGACCCACCGCUCGGGGAGCCUGCUGUCAGAGGGCACUGGCUCAUCCCUCCACGCCCCGUACCCCACCCUGCAGACCCUGGACGUGUGUCCCGUGCCCCUCCCCGCAUCCCUCAGCAUGCAGAUGGCCAUCGCAGCCGAGCCCAGGCACUGCCUCUCCACCACCUACAGAAGCAGCUACUUCAGCGGGAGCCACACAUUUCCCACAAGCUGUUUCGACAGAUAGGGUCCCGUCGGGCCACGCAGCAGGGCGGCCUUGGAGAGCCAGACCGAGGAAGAGGACACUGACGAGGGGAGCUCAGCCGAGUGAGGCGACCGGGAAACGGUCUCCACAGAGCCUCGUUGCCCGCGAACGGAGAGGGUUUGUGCCCCUUUUAAAGAAAACUGACCCAGAACAAAACAGUCGAUGAGAUACCUCACCCAAGAGCUUUCCUCAGGAAGACGUCUGCCGCGUGUUUCUGGGGUGCAGGCAGGAUGGCUUGGUGCCAUCCCCCGGAGCAGGGGCCCAGCGGCUUGAGAAAGACCUGGUAAGAGGCCAGGAGACUGGGAGCUGGAGCCGACGCGCGUCCGUGAGCACGUCCGGUGCUGCGCAUCAGAGACUCCCGUGUUCUUUGCCGAUGGCAGCUGCACCGCUCGAAGAAGGGGCAGCCUGCCGUGUUCUCAGGACCCUGGUCGAUGCUGGGUCCCUGGCCCUGCGCAGAGGGGCCUGGAUGUGUGUGGUGCCCGAGCGUCUGCCUUCCCGGGCCUGCCGGGCGGCCGUCUUGCCUUCGCCGUCGAACCCGAAACCUUAUUCGCCCUUUUAGAUAUUUCACGUGCUGCUGCUCCCCGAAGUGACCUAGCUUCCUGGUCCGUAAGAAGUCUUGUUUACGUACUGUAUCAGGGAUUUCGUGAUACUUGAAAAUUCCUUAGGAGAAAAAAAAAAAAAGUGCUGAUUGCCACGCUGCCUGUCCCACCGUGGGCUGUAGGUGUCACCCUGCUCGUGCCUGACCCGUGGGUAACGACAGAGCUCCCCUUUCCAAAAUGUACAGUUGGGGAGAACCACUUUCCAGGCUCUCGGUUCCAGAAGAUUCCACGUCUCAGACACUGUGUUCACCUGUAGAACUUCAGUAACCACCUAGAGGUAAAAGGUUGUUGAAAGGUAGACAGAGAUUUAAAACCAGCAUCCCUGCCUGCCUCUACUGCCUGCCUCUAGUGUGUGAGGUUAAGCCCGGCCUCGGCUUUGAGUUUGGCUAAUAGCAAAGGAUGAUAAGGAGGAGUGUGUGCUGAAUGCCAGCUGGACUUGGGGAGUGGGGGUUGUGUAUGACACCACCACUGAGAGGCAAGCAAUCGUUUGGAUCGAAAGCCAGUAUUUGGUGGGUGUCUGCAGCGAGGGGGCGCUCAGGAAGAUUCUGGUGACCAUGUGCAAUAUGUUUGUAUUUUGACUCUUGGCUUGUGCUCAGCAUGCUUUUUUUGUUUUUUCUUUCUGGUUGGUUGGUUUGGGGCUGGGGGACACCUUCACCCAACAGAACUGGGAGGUGUAAAGAACCACACAAGCUUUGUUCGUUUGUUUGUUUGUUCGAAGAAGAACCCAUGUUGGUUUUCUUGACUCACUUGCCCGUCCAGGGGACUUGGCAGGGGAGCUGCCAGGGAGCCGACGCUGUGCUGCUGAGUCGGACCCGAAGGUGAUUUUCUGAGCGGAAGAAAUCUCCGCGUGGACGUGGAGGAAGAAGAGAGGGGGUGUGGAGGCGGCGCCGCCAACUCCGUCACGCUCGCGUAGGAAGCCGCACGUUCGUUCGUUUUUCUCUUUUUCCUCCGCCAGCCUCCUUCUAUUUAUGUGCGACUGGUUUGGAUUCUAAGUUAUCAUGUCUGUGUAUUCUGCAGCUGGGGGCUUGUGAGGGGCCCCCAGAAAAAUCGUCCGGAAAUAAACACGUCACCUGC